GUACUAGGGACUGGUACUAAAGGCUAGUCAAGGGACCUAGUACUAGGUGUCUGAUACUAGGAGCCUGGUAUUUAGGGCUAGUACUAAGGGCCUGGUACUAGGGACUGACACUAGGAGUCUCGUAUCAAGGGCUGGUACUGAAGCCUGGCAAAAGGGGAAGGUAAAAAGGACCUGGUACUAAAGCCGAACUAGAGGCUGCUACUAGGGACUGAUACUAAAGGCUAGUACUAGGGCCUGGUAUUAAGGGCUAGUACGAAGGGCCUGUUACUAGGGACUGGUACUAAAAUAUAGUACUAGGAACCUGGUAAUAAGGGCUGAUACAAGCAACUUGGUACUAGAGGCUAGAACAAGGGGCUGGCAUAAGGGCCGCAUAAGCUAGUGUCUUGGAGGUUUGAGUAUUGUCACUAGUCAUGGUUAUGUUAAGUUGUAGGCCUAGUUUAGCGUUAGAUUUAAGCCUAUUGUCAGGAAUGUUUGCAUAAGGACCUGUUCUAGUCAACAACGUUUUAUAUUUUGUGUGAGGGUAGUUUAAUGUUUCAAGUAACAUAUAAAACAAAUAAUUAUGUUAUAUACCUUUAACCUUAACCUUUAAGUAAUCAGGUGUUAGUAUAAAAAAUAUAUCUUUAACCUUAACCUUGUGUUAUCAAAGUAGAACAAUUUAUAGAUAUGAUUAUAGAAAACACUUGUUUUCAUUAAAUGUUCAUGGUCGUUAUCAUUUCUAGGUAAUUUCUCGAUUCUUGGAAAAAAACGCAUCAUUUUUUGUUUCAUUAUUCUACAGAAUUAACAUGUGCUGACUAUAAACAUUCCCGCUCGUAAGAUGAGUCAUCAACUUUGAAAGCAAGAGAAAAUCGAACCUUUAAAUUUUCAUGGCGGGCUUUUUCAGUCUCCCUUUAUACGUAUUCAAAAAGAAAGGAACAAAAAGGUGCAGUAACCUAUACCCCUUCCCUGAUAUUUCAUUAAGUAGAAAUGGUAUACAUGGGACCCCGAUACGGGUAAAAAGUAAGCCAACAGUUGCCGGUCUUUUCAUUACCAAGAAUCCCUUUUAUUUAGAUUAAUUUUCUCCAUGGAUCCAAGGUUUUUGAAAGGUCGGUCUACUCAACGAACCGAUUUGAAUAACUAACAACAUUUUUUUUUUUUUUUAAGUCCAUUUUCGUUGAAAGACUUAAUUGAGUGUGCAAUUAAAUAACUUUAAGAAAUGAAGGUAUCUUUAGCGCUGUACCCUCUUCAGGAACUAGGGACCGCUGGGCUAAAACUUCAGAGCUUGCCGAAUCAUUUUAUUUUCGCUCCCAAAGCAAGCCCUUACGUUAAAGCUUGUAUGCAAUACUGUUGCAACUUUCCCUUAAUCAGUGUCACGCUGACUAAAGCUUUUGAUGACGCUUGCAUGAUCAUAUUUUAGGAUGAUUAAUUUUAAAGAUGUAUUUUUUUUUUAAGUAAUGCGCAUGGCGAUGCUCAUCAUACCUUGUUAUUGCAGAAACUUAUUUUUAAACUGUAGACUUCUGUUCUCGUUGGUGAUUUGUUGACACAGCUGAAACCCCUAGGACGUUAGUUUUCAGUGAACUACUUGAUUGUUUACAGAUAUUUUGUCUCCAAACAGUUCUAGUCAAGGAUCCGCUGCAGCUAGCCCUGGGUUUCCUUUGCUCUGGCGCAUGUUUACUCCUUCCUUCCUGUCUUGAAGCGGCAGCAUCUUCGCAAAAUGUGUCCUCCCAAAUGCAUGUUCAUAAAAAAAAAACAAGCAAUUAAACAAAACAACAGCAACCAAUGAAAAUGAAAACUCACCAAAAAAAAAAAAAAAAAAAAAAAAAAAAUGAGAGAAAGAAACUGAGUAUCCUUUACUUCCCAACAACUACAAACAAUGAAACAAAACACCAAAUAAAACAAACCAAGCCAAACAUCCCCCCCCACCCAAAAAAAACAAACAACAACAACGAAAAGAAAGAAAGCAAAAAAAACUGACCAUCCUUUACUUCCCAACAGCUACAAACAAUGAAACAAAACACCAAAUAAAACAAACCAAUCACCCCCUCCCCCCCCCCCCAAAAAAAAAAAAAAAAAAAAGAAAAAGAAAAAACACUGACUAUCCUUUACUUCCCAACAGCUCUCUCUUAAGUGUCAACAUCUUCACGUAUGUUUCCGGCCGCGCGCACGGUGCCUUCGCGGCGGCCCGUUGUGUUCUGGACCUCAAUCGAUUCCCAACGAUCUGAGGCCCAGCACUGGACGCUGUCAGGAGGCGACCACCAGCCAAAGAGGUCUUCAACAUCUCCGUUCAUUAGGUCCAAAAUGGAAGUCAUUCGGGCUUGGUUUGGGCGAGCCGGUGUAGGUGCUUGGCGAUCAAGGCGGCAAGUUGUUUGGGCAGCUUGUGUGUUGGUUACUGUAGGCAUUGUGUAUCUCCAGUAUGCGCCUGGGGACUCGCUCGAUCAGCCAGCUGCACCCAGACACAGAGCCCUGAAUACACUUUACUCCUCCCAUGAGAGAGAUGGCCAUGGACAACAGCAGUCCGAGGGUGGACAUAUUCAGCAUGUAAAGUUUGUAACAGGGAGUGAUACCCAGCAACACGGCGAUUGGCAGAGAAGACAUGAUGAUCAGGAUAACCAGAAUGGCCGUCAACAUGACGACUGGAACAGCCAAAAUGAAAAUGUCAUUCAAGAAGAAGCCUUGCCUCCUGAUCCGGCACAACAGCAGCAUCAGCAUGCUGUUGAAGUUUUGCAGAAACGAGUGGCAGAACGCAAGGCUCAGGAACAGCAGCAGGUGAAUCCCCCAGGAGAUCUGCUUCCUCCUCAACAAGAUCUGGGUGUUGGUGAUGGGAAUUGGGCUGGAGCUCAGUACCGUUACAAUCCCUAUGGCGAACCUGUGUAUGGUCGUACAGACAGGCCUAAUUAUAUACCAGCACACCGUGUAGUGCAUUUUGACUUGAAAGGAGCACCACCAAAGAUGUCGGCUCUUUUGCAGCUGAUCCCAUGGCUGGCUGGGCAAGGAGCUACUGCAGUUCUUCUGGAGUAUGAAGAUAUGUUCCCCUGGAAAGGUCGUCUUGCUACGAUUGCAGCAAAGAACCAUUAUUCAAGAAAACAGAUUGCUAACCUGGUCGCAGCUUGUCGAAAUCAUGGAUUAGAAGUGAUUCCACUUGUCCAGACCUUUGGCCAUCUGGAAUUUGCUUUGAAGCACGAAAAGUUUUCUCAUCUACGAGAAGUUCCUGAGCUGCCCCAAGCCCUUUGUCCAUCACUCAAUGAAUCAAUGUGGUUGGUGCGAUCCAUGAUAGACCAGGUUAUGGCCCUGCACUCUGGUGCUCGUUUCUUGCAUAUUGGCUGUGAUGAAGUGUUCCAGAUGGGGGAAUGUGAGAGAUGCCGACUCGUGUUACGUGAAACCUUAUUUUUGCAGCACACUGAGGCUGUUGCAAAAUAUGUCCGAAAUAAGUAUGGAGCUGUUCCUCUUGUUUGGGACGAUAUGUUACGUCAUGUUUCAGAGUCAGCUAUGCAGGAGGUGCACCUAGGAGAUCUUGUUGAACCAAUGGUUUGGGUCUAUGCAGAAGAUGUUUACAGGUUUGUCCAGCCUUCAGUGUGGAGCAAAUAUGGUCAGAUUUUCCCUCGUGUUUGGGCAGCAUCAGCUUUUAAAGGUGCUUUUGGUGAACAGCUAACAGUACCAAAUGUAAGGAGACACUUGGAUAACAAUCUCAAUUGGCUUGAUGUAAUGGCCACUGAAGACCGAAAAUUCACAGGUGGUUUCCGUGGAAUAGUCCUGACCGGGUGGCAGCGAUAUGAUCAUUUUGCUGUACUUUGUGAACUGCUUCCUGCUGCCCUGCCAUCACUCUCAGUGAAUCUGAUUGCAACAUCCCAUGGUUUCUUCAAUGCUUCUGUUCAGGGACAAUUGUAUCAGGCCCUAAACUGCAUGCAGACUCCAAAAUACCAGUCUUGGCUGAACCUUGAUGCUGACCCAUAUCUCUGGGACAAGUUUUCCUGGUGCUUCUUCCCUGGUGCACAGGUGUUCAAGGUUACAGCCCGUUUAGAUGCUACCAAACGUGAUGUUGAUGCCUAUAUUGAGCGAGUAACCAAGAGUCGUGGAUGGAUCACAGAUUACAACCGGCGACACAACUUCUCCUCUCCAAUGCGAGUGGACGAAGACCUGGAGGAACUCCCGGCAAGAGUCCAUGCUGUAACUCUCCUCAUGAAGACAGCUCGAGAAGCUUUAUCUGAGUGGUUUGAUGACUGGACAGUUGGUGAGUGGCUGGAGGAACGUGUAUGGCCCCUUCUGCACAGUCUCCACAAACUGCAACGUGAAGCAGAGAGCAUGAAGGCCGUGCGAUACUGGCCAGCCAGACCCCUGCCCCUCCUUCCAGAGCUUGCCGCAUAUGGAGUCUCUCAACCUAGCAGUAUUUCUGAUAAUGCACUGGAUACAGACACUGGAGGAGGAGGAACAUGAAUGCAUAGCAAGUUAGCAGCAUUCACAUGGCUAAGAGAGCCAUAUCCUUCAUAGUGGAGGACUAGGAUGUUCUUUGUUUGGUGGAAAUCAAGUUGUGAAAUUUAUGUAUUUAUUUUAAAUAUUAGGUGAAACAUGUCAUUAUGAGUAUUUUUAAAAGAAAGUGAAUCAGCAUAUUGAGAAUGUGUGUUCAUAACUAAGUCAUAAUAUAGUAAUUCUUAUGGAAUGAAGAAAUGUGCUGUCACCCUUGUAGACAAAUUAGUCAUCAUCCAGGAAAAAAAUAAUAAUUUUGUUCAGAGAUAUGAUCAUUGCCUCUGUCACUCUAAUUGUCAGAAAAAAGAUGCAGUUACUUAGUCCUUUUUGAAUAAUACAGAACUUCAGUCUAAACCUUUCUGUAAUCUUGCACUAUUUAAGGAAAAACAUUGGAUGGGUUUCUUACAAAGUUUCUGGCUUCACAUUGGUCUGGAGGCAUUCUGGAAAGGCUUUCACUAUGAUUUAUGGCUCUGGAUUACUUGUUAAUGAAAGAUUUAUCAGUUGAAAUUGCUUAAGAAGUAAUCUGGAGAGGAAUCUUUGUAAAAGUCACUGAACCAAGUGCUGCCAGCUAAUCUGAAUUAUGAAGUCUUUGUGAAGGUUGCUUACCAAGAUCUACCUUCCAAUUUCCGACUUACUCCUUACCAUAUUCUACAGUUAGUUCCUACACCUUGACAGUACUUUGACUGAACAUGUUUAUAAGGGUAAUAGCUCUUAGAUAAAGUUCUAAUUGGGCAGUAUUGGGGAUGGAUCCUGGGCUAAAGUAAAUGUUGUGCAGUAGAGCAUGUGGCCUCAGGUAGAAGUGUAGAGAAUCUUGGAAUGUAUAAGUUAAGUGAAGAGAACUGUAGCCUUAGAUAUUCUCACAAGAGGAUUUAAUUAUAUUUUUAUAAUGAAAGGUUGUAUAAUGCAUUGUAAUUUCAAUACUUAAUUAACUUACCCCUCUAGCCAUUGUUUCCAAGCGAGAGUUGAAUGUCGUUGGAACAAUUCAGUGAACAUGUGAUUAAUACAAGAUAUAUGAACAGGCUAUAUACAUACUUGGAUCAUGGUUAGAGCUGACUGAAUCUUUUGUGACCCAGGAUCUGUCCCUGAUUGUGUAGACAUUUGCUCAAAUGUGGCAAUCAUCCUUCAACUACCAGACGAAAUACAAUCGUCAUAGCAAUCAUUCCUGGUGUCAUUCUACAUGACAAAACCUUUUUUUUCCCUCAAUAGAUUAUUUUAUUUGACCCCAUGACCAUAGUGAACAAAAAAAAUUGAUAAUGUUAAAGUUGUGAGUAACAUCCUUUGUAAUUGACUUGUUUUUAAUUUUUUUAUUUUUCUUUUAGAGAGAGAGAGAGGAUGGUAUCAACAAAAUGACAUGUAAAUACCUCACAGAUGCAUUUGAUGACAGUUGAUUAUCCUGUAUCAGGAUGUAUGACUGGCUUUGAACUGAAUUAACGUAUCCCAUACUUCACAUGACUAUGUUGUAUUAGAAAAAGAAAAUAAUUUAUCCUGUGAUCAUUACCCAUCGUAUAGACUUUUCUUCUCAGUAUUUUGAACCAUUGAAAAUCUUUCUUUGCUAACAUAUUUUUGCCGAGCUUUUCUGACUAAAAACUUUUUUUUUCUAGCUAUAACCACCAACAAUGAUAUAUUUAUGAAGAAGUUUGCUCUUACUGCAAGUUGUCAUUCUUUAUCACUGGCACUCCUUUCCCUUAUAUAAAAAGAAAUUUCCUGUUAUACUGCAACAAUAGGAUUUGUAGUUUCCAUUACCUUUACUCUAAUAAUCUUUAUAUCAAGAAAAAAAAAUUAAGGACAUUCUUCACCUUUUAAAACUGUCAUGCAUUUUCUUAUUAUAUUUUACAAUGCUUUAUAUCACAAGAGUUGAUGACUGAUAAUGUUUCAAAACAACUGUUCUCUGGUAUUCGAACUCUGUCAGACUUAAACACUGGGUUUAUUCAGCAACUCUGUAAACUUGACAGAAUUAGAGUCCAUGUGUUAACUAACAGUGAAUUCUCUCUGGUAGUAGUGUAUCAGAUGUAACAAAACCUGGGUGUUCUUCACCUAUGUAUUACUUGGUUUAUCAUAUACUGACAAACAGGAAAGUCCAGUCUCGUGCAAGAAUCCACAAAUUACAGUGUAGCCGAGACUGCAAGGGAAAUAACUGCAUAAUUUCUAGGCCGGCUUUAUUAUAUUACUCUAGAGGUGCCGUGUAUCACUUUUAAUGUAUGUAAGACCGUUUGUAAAAACUACUGAAGAAGAAGCUGGUCAGGAAAUUUUGGAAAGUUGUGUGUUCUGUAAUCCCAUGUUUUAUUGAUUGCUUGUGAUAUGUGUGUAUUAGAAUUUUGAAAUUAAGAGAAUAAUCUAGUAAUUUCUGUAUCUUAAUUUAUGGUAAAACUAUAAGAGAUUUGUGAAUAUCUUGUAGAUAUUCUAUGAAUAUCUUGGUCCUUUUUCACACAGCUGUUACGCAGCAUAGAGAACUAUAGUAACAUUUUGUUUUUACUGUUUUGUUAUUUUUCUCUCUCUCUUUUUCAGCCGCCAUAAAUGUUUUGGGCUUAAAGCUCAAGAGAGAAGUAGAAUGAGAAAACGUAUGAUGAUGAUUUAGGGCAGUGUUUUCUGUAGAGAUUUACAGUAAAAGGUAUUCAAGUAUUGAGAAUGCGUAGACCAUCACUUUGAUUUCAUAUGUUUAGGGAUUUGUAUGCUGCUCUCUCUGGAAGGCAGAUUUGAUCAUGCACUUAGUUGGUAAUGCAAAUAAAUUCACAGUAAUUACAAGCAUUUUUUUUUUUCUUCUUCUGAUUUAAACUAUGGUUAUGCUUAUAUUUAUGGUGGAGAGUCAGUUUCAGUUCUGUAAACAACCUGCAAUGUAACAGUUUGUAACAUAUACUUUCAUGGCAUAUAUUGAAGAUAAACAGUGAACAAAGAUUAUAAAGGACAAAAAAGAAAAAAGUUUUACAUCUUGGCUAUCUAUCAACUGUCUGUCUCUUUCAUGGGAAGGAUUAUCAUGUCCAUUUUACAUGUCCUUUGAAGGGUAUGGGAAAACCUAGAAUAAAAUGACUUCAUUUUAUUAAAGAAUGAAAAUAAUUGUAUUUGUUAGUGUUGCUUACAAAGAAAAAAUAAAAUUAAAUAAAAAUGCUUAUAUAGAUAUCAUUAAAGUGCAAUUUAUUACAGCUUUCACCACAACCAAGGUAAAUGCCAUGAAAGUAGAAGAAGCUAGUCAUUGACAAAGAGAAAAUUCUGAAAGAUGAGCAAAGAAGCUUGAUUAAUUUCUUACAUGGUUGUGCCAGAAUCUUACUGACUGACUGCUGUAAUUUAUUAAGACUGUAUCCUGGUGCCUGAGCAGACAUACAGGAAUGAAUGAUUUAUUUUUGUAUUAUUUAUAUUUUCAUAAGCUUUAUUGCAGUUUGCAGUAUACAUAUAUAUAGUUUUAUUUUGGGUUAAAUAUUACCAUGAGUUUCCUAUAUCUUUAGUCUUAUUUACAAUCUGUACAGCCAUUCUCACUGUAAAUAAAGUAUAUAGUAUAAAA